ACCGGUGGUCCAGAAGGUGGCAGCAGAACUCAAAGCUAAAUCAAACAAAGAAAAUAGUUGUGGUGGGUCACAACCGGCCGUAAACAAACCCUUCCUUUCUGUGCCACUCAGAAAGUGAUUCAUCCGCAAACCCAUAAUGGAAUAUUGCACCGAUACUUUUCUUUGUCUUCCCCACGUCUUCUGAUCCAUUAAUUGACAAGCUAGAAGAAAGAAGACCAAAGAAAAAGCAGUAGAGAAGAAGAAGACGAAGAGAAUAUCGGUGAUAGAUGGGGAGGGGUAAGAUUGAGAUCAGAAGGAUUGAGAACUCUAGUAACAGGCAAGUGACCUACUCAAAGAGGAAGAAUGGAAUCCUAAAGAAGGCAAAUGAAAUUACUGUUCUAUGCGAUGCCCAGGUUUCCCUUAUUAUCUUUUCUUCAUCUGGGAAGAUGCAUAACUACAUCAGCCCUUCCACCACGUUGGUUGACAUGCUGGACAGGUAUCAGAGAACAUCUGGGAAGACUCUCUGGGACUCCAAGCAUGAGAACCUCAGCAACGAAAUUGAUAGAAUCAAGAAAGAGAAUGACAGCAUGCAAAUUGAGCUCAGGCACUUGAAGGGGGAGGAUAUCACCUCACUAAAUUACAAGGAGCUGAUGGGAUUGGAGGAUGCUCUUGAAAACGGUCUCAAGGGAGUCCGCGAGAAACAGAUGGAGGUGCACAGGAGGUUUAGGAGAAAUGGCAAGAUCUUGGAGGAGGAAAAUAGGGAACUCAAUUUCCUGCUGCAACAGCAUUUGGCAGUGGAAGGUGUGAGAGACGUGGACAAUGGAUUUGAUCAGAGCUUUAGGGAUUUCAAUUCCCAGAUGCCAUUUGCCUUUCGCGUGCAGCCCCUUCAGCCAAACCUUCAAGAGAGGAUGUAGAACAUAUAUUUGU